AGUCUGUCGCUGUUCAGUGUUGUCAUUUCCAAACAUGUCCAUUAUGUUCAAAGAAGAGAUUUUUCUACUUUGUCCUGAGAGUUGAAUCCCGUCACAAUGAGCGGCCUUUGUAGAGAAGUCGUCACUCUUCAGCUGGGACAUUACUCAAACUUUGUGGGGACUCACUGGUGGAAUUUACAGGAUGCCUCUUUAUCAUACGACGCAGAGACGCCACUGGGUGAGAUCCAGAGUGAUGUCGUGUUUCGUGAAGGACAGACUCCGGGCGGACAUGUCACCUACACACCGCGUCUCAUUGCCAUGGAUCUCAAAGGAAGUCUUCGGACUCUGCGGCAGGAGGGACGUUUGUAUGAUUCAGGCAAAGACACGUCUGCCGUCACAUGGGAGGGAAGCCUCAUGAUGCAUAAAGAAAGUCCUCCUACAAAGAACUCCUUUCUUGAGGAUCUGGACAAGUUGGAUGAGGGAGAGAUACUCCCCGAGGCUGAUUUCUCCUCCAGCUCCCAGCCUCAGUGCUCAUCAGGUUCAGUGAGUGUGGAUACAGUCAACAGUCGACUUGCUCAAGUCCAAAAGGGCUACAGGCUGGAGGGCCAGGUGAAGGUAUGGUCCGACUUCCUCAGGAUCCACCUGCACCCUCGCACCAUCUCCGUCAUCCACCAGUACAACCACGACGGGGAGGCUCAUCGGCUGGAGGCUUUCGGCCAGGGAGAGGCUCUCCUGCAGGGGUCAGUGCUCGAGGAGCUGGAGGACAAACUGCACUUCUUUGUAGAAGAGUGUGAUUACCUUCAGGGUUUCCAGGUGUUGUGUGACAUCGCUGAUGGCUUUGCAGGCCUGGGGUCAAAGGUCACAGAGAUGCUGCAGGACUCUUACGGUGGGAGAGGCAUCCUGACCUGGGGGUUUGCACCAGUCAGUCACCCAAACUCAUCUCCAGUGAAGGACUUCUACCACCUGUUAAAUUGCACAUUAGCGACAUCCCAUCUGGCCAAUCACAGCUCCUUCUUCUGCCCGUUGACUCUGCGUGGUGGACUGGGCAGACGACCCUCCCCUCCCACAGCCUUCCCUCACCUCAAUUAUGAUCCCUCACAGUGGUACCACUCCAGCUCCAUCUUGGCUUUGGCACUGGAUGCCCUCACUGUACCUUACAGGCUGAGGAACAACAGCGUCCCCAUGUGGCAGGUGGCAGACACACUGGCUGUGUCCGGGAGAAAGGUGGUGGCUGCUUACGGUGCCGUCCCCUUUCCCAUGAUGCACAGCAGCUCUCUCCCCGACGCCCUGAGUGCCUGCACCGAUGCUCCGCCCUGGAAACCGCUGUCAGCUUGCUCUGAACCCGGCGACGGUCGAUGCUACGGCCAGUGGGUGACACUCAAAGGCUUUGAAGGCCAGAGACUAAUCAGCUCUCUGGCUCCAGGAACUAAACCACCCACUCCUCUGCACAGCCUCCACAGUGGGGAAGACGUCCUGGCGUCCUACAUCAGAUCUUUCUAUCCUACAGCUCCUCUUGCGCUGCAGCUGGUGUCUACUCCCAGUAAGCUGACACCACCUUUCCCUCAGAUUUUCACUCAGUCCCUCGAUGCUCAGGGCUUCCUGCAGAGCCAACCCCCUCAGCCUGGCUUGCCGGCCUCUGCGGUUUCAUCUGUGCCCGUCUUGACGUCCCUCCAGUCUGGGUCUGCGCUCGGCACGUGGCUGUCAGAGCUGCAUCGUGGUGCCAGCGCUUUUGACAUCCGCCGUGUGGCCCCCAGCUUCCUCUCGCAGGGGCCCGAAAUGGCCGACUACGAGGAGGCCCUGGAGCAGCUGCGCCUGCUGGCCCGGUGUUACCGAGACAACAGCGGCGGCGUGCUGCGCUCUUCCUCUGAAGAGGAUGAUGAUGACUGACACGGACGGUUUUAAAGUCUGCUAACCCGCCUGUCUGCUUUGUUCACCAGCCUGCAUGUUCUCACACAGGGAGAUGAAGGGAAGCUGUGCCUCUGGUUAUUGAAGGACCAGGAUUGAACCUACACAGCAACAGAGAGGUGAAACGGACUGAUGGAUGCAAGAUGCAGAAGAUGAGGGAAUAUUGUUUAGAUCUCCAGAGAGGUACAUGUGUAGUGUUCGCUAACGUGAUGGAUGUAGCAUCACACUGAUGUUAAGGACUGUGGCUAAAGUUCCUCAAAUGUUUAACUGUAAAUGUAUUUUAUACUAAAUGUAUAGUAUAAAAUGACUGUAUUUACAUAGUACAGUCAUUUUAUACACACCCUAUUGUGCACAGCUCUGACUAUUCAGUCAUGUUGACUCACAAGCACAGAUGCUGACACAGUGCAGGGCACUUAGAUAAAUGUUCUCAUUGGCUGAGUCAUAACACAUUACUUACUUUAUCGCAUUGACGUAACCCAUAGUUACCUGCAGUUAGGAAAAGCAAAAUGCCAAUUUUAUGGAAAACAAAAAAAAAUAAUGUGUUAAACCAUCUAGAAGUGGAAUCCUUGAAGCAACAGGUAAUCGCAAUGGGUUCGCUGUGCAUUUUUCCAUUUUACAAGGUGUAAGUAUGUCGUCAAAUAUGGUUCCAAAAAUAAACACACCUUCCUCACUGAUUUUGGAUCUGUUACUGCUACAAAAAAAACAAAAACACAACCAGUGACAAAUCCCGAACAGGCAUUUUUGUUUUUAAUCUGAAAUAAAACGAUACAAGGAUUUCACAAAGGUGAGGAGAUGUUGGAACAUGUUCCCACCCAGCAUAAUGACAAACAGUAUGCUCCUACAUUUGAUUUAAAAAAAAAAAAAAAAAAAAAAGGC